AUGGCCCACGCCCAGAUCUCCAAGUACCUGCCCCCUGACAUCAACCCCACCCAGGCUGCCAUUGCCUACGGCUGCCGGGCGCUGCCCAAGCUGAACGAGGAGCUGCAGUCGGAGGACCUGUUGACAAGGCAGAAAGCCCUCGUGGCUCUGUAUGACCUCAUGCACGACCCCGAGCACGUCUACACAGCCAUCCGCAUAGGCUGCCUGGAGAGCCUGAAACAUUUGCUGAAGGACCCCAACGACCUGGUGCGCAUCAAGACCGCUGAGGUGCUCUAUAUCAUGGCCACCCACAACGUGGGCAGGUCCCUGGUAGGGGGGUGGUCAGCCCAAUCCCUGCGCAGCCCUGGCCCAACAGGUCGCUAUGAACUGGCCUGCCGGGAGAACCUGCACCUGGCCUUCAAGCACCUGGCACAGCUGCCUGCAGGGGCCAAGGGCAUUGUCAACAGCAGCCUGAUCCCCUCGCUGGUGUGGAAGCUGCAGAGGGAGGAGGAAGGGAUCCAGGAGCUCCUCCUGGACACGCUGGCCGCCUGCCUGAUGGAGGACGCCACCGAGGCACUAGCCAGCCAGGUGGUGCCCCUCCUGAAGGAGAAGCUCCUGAGCGCCAACAGCAACGUCCGCAGCAAAGCAGCUCAAGCACUAAUUGCAGUCAGCAUCCCCCUGGAGGGCAAGAACCAGGUGUGGCAGCACGACGUCAUCCCCAUCCUGGUGCACCUGCUGAAGGACAAGGAAGAGGAGGUGCAGGCCAGUGCAGCUGGGGCCCUCAUGUACGUCACAGUGACCACCAAAGGGAAGUAUGCGGCCCUGGACACGGAGGCCAUCCGUCCGCUGCUGGAGCUACUGCACUCAUCCUUGAGCAAGGCACGUCUCAAUGCCAUCAAGGUCCUCACCAUGCUGGCCGAGGCCCCCGAGGGCCGCAAGCUCCUGCAGUCCCACGUGCCCACCUUCCGGGCCCUCGAGGAGGACACCAGUGCGGCUGUGCAGCAGGCAGCCCAGAUCGCCGUCAAAGUCAUUGAGUGGAAACCUUGA